AUGUAUGAUUUAACAUCUAUUCAGUCCCUUGAUAGGCAUUAUUUAGUAGUUCCUGUGGAGCACAUUCCAACUGUCAAGGACCUUCAGAGAAGAACCGAAGACUUUUCUUUGGUGAGUCACAUGUUAAAUGUAGGGCAGAAUCUGUUGCACAGAGAUGCACCCCAGUCCAAGCACAGAUUUGGAUUUCAUCAACCUCCUUUGAACAGUGUUAACCAUCUCCAUCUCCACUGUUUUGCACUUCCCUAUACACCAAGAUGGAAACAUAUAAAAUACAUGUCUUUGGGAUGUCUGGGUGGAUUUAUUGAAGCCGAGAAGUUGUUGGAAAGGAUAAAGCCAUUUUCUUCUAUUCCAUCAAAAGUGUGACUUUAUUCACCGUUCAUCUGUGUAUUGGAUUGUAUUUAAUCUCAUUUCACAACUGUAGGUUAUGUUAUAAUCACUUAAGUCAAUAUAUGCGAAUGCUUUUUCCCUUUUAAUAAACUUAAUAGAGAUUGUGAUACGCCUUUGCUUAUCUUAUAAUGAAUUUCUCUUUGUUUUGCAA